CUUCUCAUUAAAAACCGACCUGGAGUCUGUCAUACUGUCAUUAAGUCCUGAGUGACUGGAGGAGUCUUUGGUUUCAGAUCUAAGGUGUUCAGCCUCUCUCCUUCAGCGCGACCAUGACGCACAUCGCUCCUCUUCUCACUGUCCUUCUGACAUCAUCACUCGUGCGCUGCGCGGCUGCAGAGGCAUCGAUCCUCUGCACCUGGACUAAAGUCUUGUCUAAUGAAGAAGUGCAUUUCAGUUUCCUCCGGAGCGACCCCCGGCAGGCCUCUCCAUCUCUGCGGCUCUACCACAGCGCCUGGUCCGGGGAGCGCGCUCUGCGCAGCUGCACGUGGACCGACGACGCGGCCGUGAUCCAGAACUAUUUCUCUCUGUGCCGGGAGCGCACGCACGAGUUCUCCGACCAUCCGGAGGAAAAGAUCGAUGUGGACUCCAUGUUGGAGACAGAGGAGCUGUGCGGGUCCGUGGCUGCCCUGGAGAACGGUGGGCGCCAGAGGCCGGCGAGAAGCGUGGGUGGACAUCAUCAGGGUCCGGCUGAAAGGUCAGAGGUCAGGAGCCAUCAUCGUGUAAAGCGCGGUUUCAUUGUGCCAGGGACUCUCUGGUGCGGCUCCGGCAACAAGGCGCCGUCGUAUGCAGAUCUAGGAGUUUUUGCAGAGACGGACAGCUGCUGCCGUGAACACGAUCAGUGCAAACACACCAUCCUGUCCUUUCACUCCGAGUUUGGUGUCUUCAACAGCAACAUCUUCACCAUGUCUCACUGCGAUUGUGACAAAAAGUUUCGCUGUUGUCUGGCGGAGGCCAAAGACAGCAUAUCCAAUGUGGUGGGCUACACCUUCUUCAACCUGCUGAAGAUGCACUGCUUUGAGUUCUCCUACAAACUCCAGUGUAAAGAAAGAAACUGGUUCGGCAUGUGUAAAGAGACCCAAAUGGCUCUAUAUGCUGAGGUUUAUCCGCCCACGCUGUACGAGUCCCCCGAUCCGACCGAGACCAGCAUGAACAGCUCCUUCACCAACACCACCACACCCACGGAGCUGCUGGGGAGCAGCACGUCAGACUCCAUCGCUGCUGCUGCUGCUGCUGCUGCUGCAGCGUUCACGGCCCCUGCAGCAUCAACGAGUCCCUCCUUUACCUCCAUCACUCCUGUUACGAACGUUACUACCUCCAUGUCACAGGGGCUCACCGGAUCAGCUCCGAACGAUCAGGAGAACACGUUAUCGACCAAAACACAAACUGAGUCUGAGCUGGUUAUCACAGAGAAGCAGUGUACCGCCUAUAAGGAUCUGGACGAGUGCAGGAACAAGAUCCCUCCCCACCGGAGGAGAUAUGGCCUCCACAACCCCGACGACAGGACGCUGUACCACUGCAACUGUACCACCAGAUUAUUCCAGACUUUGGCUAAACAGAGACAACUGACCGAAGUACAGGCCCUUCUGCUGGAGCAUGUGUCUCAAUCCUGCUUCAUGCCGCAGAACUGCACAGCAGGCAAAAUCUGUGCAUCAGUCGUGGUGAAAGCAGAGCUUCCUCGGCUGGAGCAGAGCAGCAGAGCAGACACGGAGGAGCAGCGCCACCUACAGGCCGUCCAGCUGAAGGUCAGGAGGCCAAACACCAGGAGGGCCAAGAGGAAAGACAGAGCUGUCAGGCUCCACAGACUGUGUCUCAGGGUGGUCCGGUCCAACCAGAACCAGACCAGGAGACACGGUCAGGGCGCACAUCAGCCAGCUGUGUGAGGAAGAGCCCUCGUCUGAGUGUGAAGACUAUGGAGAGUCAAAGGGUUCAAUGUUAAGUAGAUAAAUAAGACAUUAUUUCAGGUCAUUUUUAUUCAAUUCCAGCACUUUGUACAGUAUGUCACAUUUCCUCUCAACCAGAGUCUGUUGAUAUCUCACACCAUCCUCAUGAAAGUUUUACAUCACACGUAUUUCCAACAAGAUGUUCAAAUAAUAUAC